AUGCCUCGUCAUACAGGGUCCGAGAAACGAACCCGGAUCGCAAAGGCUUGCAUCCUUUGCCAGACUCACAAGACGAAGUGCGAUGGACUUUGCCCUUGUGGACAGUGCAUCAAGCGGGAGAGAUCCAGCACCUGCUCUUAUUCGUCUCAUAGACGCUUAUACGGACGGCAACGGCCAUGGCCCAAGGAAGCGGACAUGGACGUGUCUAAAGAGACGAAGACGAGGACGAUAAAGGUUGAGGACAUACAAGAGGAUCAUCCCGAUCGUUGGCUUAGAGAACAGGAUGGCAUACAUAUCGCGAUUCCAAAAGUACCGAAUACGAUGCGUGAUACAAAGGGGCGAGCCAUGUACUAUGGAGACUGCGCGGCGCUGUCUUUCCUCAGAAACAUACAGGAGCUCAUCCAAGGCGAAGAAGAACUUGCUGAUGUGGCCAAGGAGAUUUCUUCCUUCUCGGUGCUGGCGGAAGCUCCGCCGACGGAUGGUGAGAGUGUCUUGGCUUAUAGCAACGCGAAUCUCAAAGAUUUGGAAGAUCUGAUACAAGUCUUUUUCACAUCGACGUGUGGAAUGCUUGAUAUCAUCAACCGAGCUACAGUCGAAAACCUGCUCAGUCGCUGGAUCAGCGGCAAUAUCUCUGUUGCGAGUAGCAGCUCCGCUGUCUUAUACCUUGUGCUUGCCUUUGCAGCGCAAGUACGCAGCGCAUCUGCGCUGGACGCACAUCGAUCUCGGUCGUUCUUCUAUCACGGACGCCGCAUUGCGCUGCUAGAGUUAACGGAGUAUCCCACGAUAGAAACAGUCCAGGCAUUUUCACUCAUCAGUCUGUAUAUGCUUGGCUGCUGUCGACGAGACGGAGGGUACUUGAACCUGGGCACGGCCAUAAGCGCCGCCAAAGCACUUGGGUAUCAUCGCGCUGAAUCUACAUUCCCUCAGUGCCUGGAGGAUAGGCGGUUAAGACACAUGCGGUACCUGUUCGCUGACGCCGUGGCCUACCGUAGAAAGCGAGUAUGGCGUAGCUUGUGUGUUUUCGACAUCCUGCUCUGCGCCAUGAUCGGUCGCGCCCCGAUGACCUCGGCCAUGGACUCGGCAGAAGAAGACUUUGAGGACCAUCGGCAGCGGCCGGAUCCGAAGCACCCUGAGAAAUGCCAGGAGCUCGGCCUCUACGAGUCGGCGCGAGCAAUCUCCAUCCUGAAGCAGACUCUGCUCGAGAUCUAUACGCAACGUUCGGCGCCACUCGGGCUUCUUCAACGGCUGUCGAGCAAGCUCCGUCAGAUGGGGACCGAGCUGCCGUCUGAGAUUCGGAGCAUCAGCCCUGCGGCGUUUUCGGACAACAAGUGUCCCAAGACGAGGCAGCUCAUCAUUAGGAACGCAACGGUGGCGUGCAAUUACUAUUUCAGCAUGAUGCUGUUGACGAGGCCAUUUCUCAUUGCUUGCCUCAGGGCAAAGUACAACAAAACGCCGACGACUGUGGGAUCGGAGAUGCGCGACGGCGAGGAGUCUUCUGAAGUGGACAAGAGCGUCAAGUAUGGGGCCAUGACUUCCUUUGAUACUGCGCUCAAGACGAUUCAGCUGCUUCAUGAGUUGUACGUGGCCGGGGUGCUCUACAACAACAUGCCGCUUGCCGUGGGUUGGACGUUUGUAUCAGCCUUGACUGUGUGCGCCGCAUACUUUGGGUGUCUGGGAGACGCACGAGAAUGCGAGCUUGCCAUCUACCGAGCAAACCAGAUACUGCAGCACUUCAAGCAAAACAACCUGCAGGCGAAGCAGUACGAACUCAUACUGAAGAAGCUGUCCCGAGUGGCCCUCCGCAGUAUAAGCGGAGCAGAGGGCCAGCCGUUCGACAACAGCAGCGUGUUCUGGUCCGACCUGUUUAGGCUGACCCCGGCGCAUCUUCACCAGCUGAAGCAGGAGGAGUCGUGUGAUGCUUCGUGUAUGGGGCCACAGGAGGGAGUGGCUGUGGUGGGUGGAGAGGGUGUCAGUCCGGCGGAGGUUGCUGGCUCGAUGCAGGAUGCUGCGUGUACUCCCUUGGAUGAGGGUUUGGGGGACAUUUUUCACUUUCCGGAUGAUGCGUACAAGGACUUUUCGAACUAUACGCUCAUGACGGAGGGGCUGUUUCCUGAGCAGCAUGAUUUCGGCCUGAUGUCUGAUUCCACCAUUCCUCGCUCACGCACGCCUCACCGCAUCACCAACCGCAUCCAUAUCAUGUCGACGUCCCGCCACGCCGACGAUGCCGACGAGCCGACGCAGCCAUUCUCUCCGCCUGGUCAUGAUCGCAUUCUUCAACGGAUGAGUGAAUUGCAAGCUGAGCGUGAUGAUGAUGAGGGCAACGGCAACGGCGAUGACGGUGAUGUGCGGGAUCACGUCAAUGACGAUGAGAUGACAAUGUCCGACUCCAGCGAUGGAAAAACUGUCGACAGCAACAUGUCCUAUCACAACAACGCAGUCACCUGGAAUGAUGACAGCAGUCAGAAGCAGCGUGCUGAUGGCGUCCACCUCGACAUCUUCUUCGACACUUUAUCCAACACGUGUCUCUUCAAGCUCUACUGCUCCGUCCUCCAUAAAGGCAGUAAAGCCAAAGGCCAAAAGCAUACCCUCUUUCUGUUCAUACACCCUGAAUCAGUUCGAGAGAUCACGUUGAAUGAUGGACGGUCCUCGGGGCCGAGCACGUCUAAGCCCAGCCGCCCGAUGUUAUCAUUCUCUUUGACACAACAUCCUUCCCUCGUUGUCCCCAAGGGUCUUGUUUUGGAGACGAAAGAACAGAGCAAAGGCGCAUUAAGUGUAAUGCUGGCUUUGGCUAGAGCGACUGAAUUCACCAUCCACCUUAACAAUUCCAACCUUUCUUCACCGCUGAAAAGAUCGCGCUUGGAUUUGAUUGCCCGCAGAUUCUCGCUGGAAUCUGAUUCUCAUCGUCCCCGUACAAACGAUAGAUGUGCCAAUCUCGGGUCAUUGUAUGCUGGCAGGGGAGGCGAGAUUGUGACUUUUGAUAAUGUCAUUGGAGCGCUACCUGACGAUGCUGACGUGCCUCCUCCAUCUUAUGCUGGGCCAUCGCAAGGCGAAGCUUCAAAGAAUAAACGCCGAAGGAUUGAUUCACCCAUUGACAAGGGCAAAUCUUCCGCGGUCUCCAAUGAUCUUUUCGAUUUCAUUCGCAGUUCUUUCGACAGCAUGGAGACUCGCAUCUGCGCUCGUAUCGACGAUGUGGCAGGUCAAUUCAAGACACAGCUCGAUGAUCUCGGGACUCGCCUCGAUGGUAUCGAGAGUCGUUUGCAGCAGCUUGAAGACACGGUCUCAGACGCAGUAGACGUUGAUCAUAGUGCAUCAAUACAGGAAGAAGUCAGUGAACAACUAGAUGACUGCAUAAUAGGCAUCAAGGCGGAAACAGAAGAUGUGUUCAAGUCUAUCGAUGACCGGUUUGAUGAGACCAUGGAGCGGUUGGAGCAGGAGGUGAGCGAGAGGCUUGAACGGCUGGAAGAAGAUGUCAAGGACUGCACGGUUGAGAUUGUGGAGUCGAGCUUGAAGCGGAAACUGACGAAUGCGAGUUUGCGAGUCGAUGGCUCGGUGUUUCUUGACUUGUAG